AAUAUCACGUGUCCAUCGGGUAAUGGCGAAUAGAGCUUCCAACUAGUAUUUCAAACUUCCAUCUCAGUUUCUCUAUUCAGUGAAACCAUGAAUAGUUUCAAUGAAGAAUCAACAAAUGAUCAGGUUGGACAGAGAAGUUACUGGAGAUGGAGCAAGCAAGAUUUCUUUCCAGAAGAAUCCUUCAAAAAUUGGGGAACCUAUAGAUCUGCCUUGUCGCAAAUUUGUUUCCGGCUGAAGGAUAGGAUCAAAGGCAGGUCGGACGAUGUUGUCGAGCUCGAGGUGCUCAGGAAACGGAGCGAGAACGACAUGAAACGUUGCCUAAACUGGUGGGAUCUCACCUGGGUUGGAUUGGGAGGUCACAUCGGAGCAGGCAUUUUUGUGCUCACUGGCCAAGAAGCUCAUAAACAUGCCGGACCAGCCAUUGUCCUGUCGUAUGUCGUAGCGGGUGCAUCUGCAAUGCUUUCAGUCUUCUGCUACACGGAAUUUGCGGUAGAAAUCCCCGUGGCAGGUGGAUCUUUUGCUUACUUGAGGGUAGAACUAGGUGAUUUCGUUGCAUUCAUAGCAGCAGGGAACAUACUCCUGGAAACCGUUGUUGGGACUGCAGCAGUUGCCAGGGCUUGGACUUCCUACUUCACAAACUUACUGAACCGUCCCUCCAACUCGUUGCGCAUUCAUACGAGUCUUCAAAACGGUUACAAUCUCCUGGACCCGAUCGCCGUUGCUGUUCUGUUUAUUACUGCCACAAUUGCAAUGAUCAGCACAAGGCAUGCUUCGCGCAUCAAUUGGAUAGCAUCUGUGAUCAACACCGUGGCAAUUCUUUUCAUCAUAAUUGCAGGAUUCAUUCAUGCAGACACUUCUAAUUUAACACCUUUUAUGCCUUACGGGCCUAAAGGGAUCUUCCAAGCAGCGGCUGUUGUAUAUUUUGGGUAUACUGGAUUCGAUACUAUAUCUAACAUGGCUGAGGAAACAAAGAACCCCUCGAAAGAUAUACCGAUAGGACUGCUCGUAUCUAUGUCGAUCAUCACGGUGACAUACUGCUUGAUGGCUCUUGCGCUUAGCAUGAUGCAGAAAUACACUGAAUUAGACGAAAAUGCAGCCUACUCUGUGGCUUUUCAAAGCGUGGGAAUGAGGUGGGCGAAGUAUCUGGUAGAUCUUGGAGCUCUGAAGGGCAUGACAACCGUUCUUAUUAUUGGGGCCCUUGGCCAAGCACGUUACACCACUCAUAUUGCGCGAGCCCACAUGAUCCCGCUGUGGUUUGCCCUUGUCCACCCCAAAACUAGAACUCCCAUCAACGCAACUCUUCUGAUUACCAUUUCAAGUGCUCUCAUCGCUUUCUUCUCAGGCCUGGACAUACUUGCAAGCUUGUUAUCUGAACUUCAGCUUACUGGGGAUUGAACCCAAAUGGCUGGAUUGGGUAUUGCGUAACUGUACCACUUUGGUUCUUGGGCACUUUAGGGAUUUGCAAGUUCUUGCCACAGCAGAGAACGCCAAAAGCUUGGGGAGUUCCGCUCGUUCCAUGGCUUCCAUCAUUGUCUAUAGCAACAAAUGUGUUUCUAAUGAGUUCAUCGGGUUCUGCAGCUUUCCUACGAUUUGUAAUAUGCACCAUAGUAAUGCUCAUUUACUAUCUUCUCUUUGGGC